AUGGAAAUCUUUGGACAUUGCUUAUGUGGUGAAGCAGAAGUACAAAUCAGAUCUGAGCAGCCAGCUCAAAUAACUGGCCCUGUCAAAGAAUACACAACCAAAGAUUGCUCGCUUGACGACAUGAAGGCCGAGUCCGGUAACAUAAUCCAUUACGUGUUUUGCACUAAUUGCGCUCGAUUGCGCAUAAAAACAGUGCCUCCAUCGCAAUUCACACCGGCAUUCUCGAUGCAUUUGACAAAGUCCCUUUUGUUGCGGAGUUAUGGAUCAAGCGCAAUGCUGAAGCAUUGCAUUCGAGAUUCGAAGGGCUUCCUCCCAUCCCAGAGUCUAGCCAAUUUGAAGAGAAUCCUCCCUUUUCGGGAUGAUCCGUUUCGCCAAGCCUCCAUACGGGAAACGGAGCACCGCGUUUGCACUCCCAACGGCGGUUCAGAAGUGACCGAAGAUGGGGCGGCGCAUGGGAAUGUUGACAUUGACGCGAAGAAGUCCGGUGACACGGGGCAUCCCCGUCCGGUGGCCGCGCGGGAGAUCCUACAACAAACUGUUCAAAUCGGCCAUCGGUCCAAAAAUGAACCGAUAUUUCUGCGGCGGCGCGCGCCACCAAUGGGGGUCCAGUACCAUGGCGCAUGGUCCAUCUUGGUGCGAAUCGGCGGGCACGAAGUGGACUGCAAUGACCGCAAUUGA